AUGGCGAUGUGGCAACGCCACUGCUUGUGCUACGAACCCCCAACUUGGACCGUUUACAAAAAUUUACAUUUCUCUGAUAAGCAACUGGCACACAGCGGCCACAGAUAUAACGCCAUGCUAUAAACGCGCCACGGGCACGUUUUCGCCAGCCCGAAAAAUAUAAACCAGACCGAAUCCAAUCGCUGCACUGGGUGGGAACAGUGAGAGACACCGAAAGAAAAAAACAGUCAUUGAGUGGAAAAGCUCCUCGUAAGUAGCAGCAACAAUGUUUGCUACACUGAAAAACAAAAUAAAAGAGGAAACGGGCGAGGAUGUGGCCACUGCAGCCAAUCAGCCCCAUCAGCGCAACAAUAACAACAAUUACCGGCUACGUAGCCGCCGGGUCAGUGUCAAUUCCAACUCUGCUGAUGAUGUGGGCGGUGGCGGUGGCUUCUACAGCGAGUCAGAGCAAUUGUGCCAGCUGCGGAGCCAGUGUAAUGAGCUCACCACCAAGGUGUCCACCAUCACGCAGGGCAUGCAACAGCUGCAGGAGGAGAAGUCGCGCGUAGACAAGACCAACGAGAUCCUGCUGGAAAGCGUGCGUGUGGCUCAAACGCAAAAGGACAUGUACUGCGAGGAGCAGGAGAAGAUCCAGAAUCUGCAGCAGAUUGAGAUCGACAAGCUGAAGAAUCUCCUAAGCUUUCGCGAGCAGGAGUCCGUGGAUCGGUUGGGUGCCAUGCGCCAGCAAAGUCAACAGAUCGAGUCUCUCACCGAAGAGCUGGAGCGCCUGCGGCCCAUGGAGUCCAUAGCAGAGGAUCUGCGGGACGAGCUCGAGCAGCUACGACAUUCCACUCAGCAGGAAAAGAACAUGCUAACCACCACGCUGGCUGCGGUGCAGGAGGAGAAUCGACAUCUCAAGAAACGUAUGAAAAUUGUGGAAGAGUCGCGACUGGAAUCGCUGGGCAAGUUAAACUCUGAGCAACAGGUUCAGGCCCUUAUCCGGGAGCACAAGCUGCUGGAGCAGCACCUGGAGGAGGCGCACCUGCAGCUAUCAGACAUCAAGGGCUCGUGGAGUGGCCAAAAUCUAGCGCUAGAAACCCAGGUCAGUAGGCUGUCCAAGCAAGUGGCCGAGGAAACGACCGAAAAACGUAAGGCUCUUAAAUCCCGCGACGAUGCCAUCGAAAGCCGCAAGCAGGUUUCAUUCGAACUCGAGAAGGCCAAAGACGAAAUCAAGCAGAGAGACGAUAAGGUCAAGCUACUAGAGGAGGAAAUCGACGAGCUGACCGUGUCUCUGAAGGAGUGCCGAGAGGAGAACGAGCAGCAGAUCCUCUUUGAGCGCAACAAAUCUCAAAAUCUGGAGGCAGAGGUAAAAGAUCUCCAGACUCGUCUCACAACGGCCGAUGACAGGUUCACCGAAUACGCCUCGAAUGCCGAGCAGGUGGCCCAAAAGCUGCGAACCCAGGCGACUGACAAGCAGGAGCAGCUGGACGAGACCAUAAUGCAGCUGGAAAUCGAACGAGAGGAGAAAAUGACUGCAAUACUCCGAAAUGCGGAAAUCUCACAGAGCGAAGACAUACUUAGGCAGCAGUUGCGCUUGGAGCGCAGUGAGGCCACCGAUCUCCAGGACAGGAAUAACCAACUCGAACGAGAUAUUGCCGAAACCCGACAAACGCUGCAGCAGGUCAGCAGUAUAGCCCAGGAUAGCGCUCAAAAGUUGGCCGACUUUGAGGGAAUUCAACUGGAAAUGGUCGAGAAAAACAAGACAAUAAAAACCUUAAAUCAGCGUCUGGUUGACCUCAAAAAAACUGUACAGAAGGAAUUGCGAAGUGCUCAAAUUUCGACGGAAAGUGAUUCCCAUCCCAUAACGACUCCAGGCCAAAGACAUACCAUCACCAAUCUAGAGACAUUUCCCUCUGGCGGUGACAAGGGCAACUGCAUCAUAAUGGACGAAGUUAAUUUUCAAUAUUUGAAACAUGUCAUUGUAAAAUUCUUGACCAGCCGCGAGGUUGAAGCACGACAUCUUGUCCGUGCCGUCUCCACGCUACUUCAACUGACUUCCGAGGAGGAGAAACUGCUGCACGACACUCUCAACUGGAAAAUGAGUUGGUUCGGCGUGAAGCCAACCUGAAAAUUAAACCAAAACCCCUUGCAAUAAAUCACAUUUAUAUUUCUAGUCUGUAGUCAAUUCAUACUGUUUCGUGUAAUAUGUACAUACCAAUUACAUAUUCAAGGACACUGUGUUAUUUUGUUUACCGACAAACAUUCCAUUUUGUUAAAUAGUA